AUGGGCGACCUCAAAAUGUUGUCCAGAAUAGAUGUUUCAAGUUGCAAUUUCACUGGAUCAAUCCCAAGGUCAAUGGAAAACCUUACACAAUUGGUUUCUGUGGACCUCUCAUGGAACAAGUUCAAUGGUUCUAUUCCAUUCUUCAGUAUGGCCAAGAAUCUGACCCUAAUAAAUCUUUCAUCCAAUCUUCUAACAGGUCAGAUUAAUUCCUCUCACUGGGAAAACCUUACAAAUCUGGUGAAUCUCGACUUGAGAUUCAAUCUACUUAAUGGGACUAUUCCACCGUCUCUAUUUUCUCUUUCACCGCUGCAGAAACUACAGCUUUCUAACAAUCAAUUCUCUGGUCAGUUGCCUGUAUUUGGUGGUAUCUCUCUAUUGGACACCCUUGAUUUGAGUAGCAAUAAGUUGGAAGGGCCUAUACCAAUGUCUAUCUUUAAUCUCACAGGGCUUAAGAUUCUUUCACUUUCUUCAAACUACUUCAGCGGCUCCUUUCCUCUUGAGCUUCUUCCACAACUGAAAAAUCUUUCGAGUCUUGAUCUUUCCUACAGUAGAUUGUCAAUUGAUUACAAUGAUACCAAUUCCUCUGCCGCUUCCUUUCCUCAAAUUACCACAUUGAAAUUGGCAUCUGUCAAGUUGAGAAGAUUCCCAGAUUUCUUAAGAAACCAAUCCCGCUUAAGCAAUUUGGACCUUUCACAAAACCAGAUUCAUGGAGAGAUACCCAACUGGAUUUGGAGGCUCAAUAAUCUUUUUCAACUAAAUCUUUCUUGCAACUCUCUGGAAACUCUAGAAGGUCCUCUCCUCAAUGUUACUUCUUAUUUGUCUGUCCUUGACCUUCAUUCCAACCAGCUUCAAGGACAAAUCCCAUUUUUUCCACGAUCUGCCAUGUAUCUAGAUUACUCAAAAAAUAAUUUCACCUUUAACAUACCGCAUGACAUCGGUGAUUUCCUUGGUUGGACUACCUUCUUCUCUCUCUCGAGUAAUAACCUCCACGGGAUCAUUCCAGAAUCACUGUGCAAUGUGAAUCUUCAGGUUCUUGAUUUGUCCAACAAUUCUUUGAGUGACACGAUUCCUCAAUGCUUAUCUGCAAUGAGCAAUCUUGCAGUACUUAAUUUAAGGAGAAACAACCUUAUUGGCACUAUUUUUGAUAAUUUUCCAGCAAAUUGUAGUUUAGAAACUGUGGACCUCGGUGGAAACAAGAUAGAAGGUAAGUUUCCAAAAUCUCUAGCACAGUGUGCAAGGUUAAUGGUUUUAAAUCUUGGAUACAAUCAGAUAACAGAUUCAUUCCCGCACGUAUUAGAGGAGAUAUCCACCUUGCGUGUCCUUGUCUUGCGAUCCAACAGAUUCUAUGGGCACAUUGAAUGUCCCAAAACCAAUGGAACCUGGUCAAUGCUUCAAAUUUUUGACCUUGCUGACAACCAUUUUAGUGGAGAAAUACCAGCAGAUUGCUUGACAACAUUGCCGGCAAUGAUGGUCGAUGAAGAUGAUCCAUCUCAUGAGCUCAACCACCUUCAAUUUCCGGUCCUAAGCUUCACCGGUGUUUAUUAUCAAGAUGCUGUAACUAUUACCAACAAAGGUCUAGAGAUGGAACUAGUAAAGAUUCUAACUGUCUACACCUCAAUUGACUUCUCAUGCAACAACUUCAACGGAUCAAUACCUAAGGAAAUAGGAGAGCUCAAAACACUCUAUAUCCUUAACUUGUCCAACAAUGCUCUCACAGAUGAAAUUCCAUCCUCAUUAGGUAACUUAUUAAAAGUUGAAUCUUUAGACCUCUCAAACAACAACCUGAGCGGGAAAAUUCCACCACAGCUUGCCAAUCUUACUUUCCUUUCAUUCUUAAAUCUCUCAAAUAACCAGCUUGUUGGGAUGAUCCCAACCGGCACUCAGUUUUCUACUUUUCCAGCAGCUUCCUUCGCAUGUAAUAAAGGGUUAUGGGGGCCUCCUUUGACGGGAGAUAACACAACAACAUUGUCACCACCAACAUCAGAAAAAGGUCAUCCUAAUUCUAGUCCUGAGAUAGAUUUUGUUCUUAUAAGUGCUGAAAUUGGAUGUAUCUUUGGCUUUGGAAUUGUCAUAGGACCACUUGUGUUUUGUAAGAGAUGGAGGACAUGCUAUUACAUAACUGUGGAGAACAUUGUCUUUAAGAUAUUUCCUCGUCUUGAUAAAAGAAGUGGUAACCAAGGAAGACAUGUUUACCGGAACAGAAGGUGGAGACGUUGA